AUGAAAUUUUCCGAUGAAGAUAUGCUACCAUCAACGAUGGUUGAUUUUUCACAUAUCGGUGGAUUACAUCGGCAUAUUUGUACAUUACGUGAAAUGGUUAUUUUCCCAUUAAUAUACAAAGAUGUUUAUGAAAAAUUUCAUAUCCGUCCGCCACGUGGGAUUCUAUUUCAUGGUCCCCCAGGUACAGGAAAAACUUUGGUUGCAAGAGCUCUAGUUACAGAAUUAUCAAGAAAUACUCAAGUUCAAGUAUCAUUCUUUAGUCGUAAAGGUUCUGAUAUAUUAGAUAAGUGGGUUGGUGAAUCGGAAAAAAAAUUAAAAGCAUUAUUUGAUAAAGCAUUAAAUGCACGCCCAUCAGUUAUAUUUUUCGAUGAAAUCGAUGCACUAGCACCUGUACGUUGUUCCCGCCAAGAUCAAGUCCAUACAUCGGUCGUAGCCACUUUAUUAGCACUAAUGGAUGGUUUAGACACAUCACCGUCAAGUGGUGUUAUUGUAAUUGGUGCAACAAAUCGAAUUAACGCUUUAGAUCCAGCACUACGACGUUCAGGUCGUUUUGAUCGUGAAUUAUAUUUCCCGUUGCCGUGUAUGCGUAGUCGUUAUGAUAUUUUACAAAUUAUUACAAAAUAUUGGCAAAAUACAUCAAAACCAACAACGCAAUUUUUGAAAUAUUUGGCUGAACAAACCGCAGGUUAUUGUGGAUCAGAUCUACAAGCACUAUGCGCCGAGGCAGUGGUAUGUAGCUUAAAACGAAAUUAUCCCACAAUUGUAAGCGAUGAAUCCAGUAAAAGUAUAAACGGAAAUCGGCAGCAACAACGUAAACUUCCAAUAAACAUACAAAAAUUACAUGUAGAGGAAUGCGAUUUUUUAAAUGCUUACAAUAAUAUUUCACCGGUAGGGAAAAAACUUCGCUUGGUACAUCAUCGAUUAUCGGAUAUUAUUGAGCCAUUAUUGUUGCGACAACUCGAUGAGAUUGUGAAUAUGAUUAAAGAAACAUGGCCACAUUUUUGGAAUCCAGAUUAUCAAUUUAAACAUGACGAGGGUAAAAGAUAUAUGGGCCGUUUAAUUAUAAUCGGUAAUGCUGAACAAGGACAUACUAAAUACGUUGCACCGGCAUUAUUACAUCAUCUAGAACAUUUAUCAGCACAUAUUUUGGAUGUACAAGAAAUUCACGAGAAUACGGGUAAUCGUGGUGUUGAAGAGACUAUUAUACAAAAGUUUCGUUUAACACGUCAAUGUACGCCAAGUAUUUUAUACGCUCCAAAUAUUGAUUUAUUAUGGAAUAUUGUAGAUCAAUCGACAAAAACUGUUUUUCUUUCAUUAUUACAUGAAUUAGAUCCAGAAAUGCCAUUAUUAAUUAUUACAACUUGUGGUUUGAAUGUUCCAACUGAGCUACAAGAUUAUUUUAACAAACAUUGUUCAUUAAUUUAUCGAAUGAGUAAUCCAAAUUUGAUUGAACGUGAAGAGUUUUUUUCAUCGUUAUUUUUAGAGAAAGCAUUAUCUAUACCAAAAACAUCAAAUAUUAAAAAUAAUGAAACUAAAAAACCAGCUCCCUGCAGAGGCCAAAGGUAUAGUAAGCGGAUUCGCGGAUUAGAACCCACAAUAUCAUUUGAUCUAUUGACGGAAAAACUAACAAGAGAAAAUUCGGCUAAACGUAUUAAAAUUGAAAAAACAGAAGUGAAUGAACAUGGUAUAUUAAAUUCGAUCUAUCAUGGAGCUGUUAAUUUUAUAAAUUGUAAAUCAACUUCAACUGCUUAUGAUCAUUUCACAAGACCUGAAAAAGGUGAAGGUGAAAACUCAGAUAUUACUGAAGAAUUAAAAGUUCUAACAAUAUCACGACCAAGACUGUUACAUUUAUUUCAACAUACAGUCGCAGAUUUAACGAUGGAUUCGACAUGUGUUAAUUUAGAAUUGUUAUACGAUAAGUUAAAUUCCUGUAUAGAACUAUUUCAAACUGAGGUGAACCGGAAUCCAAUGUUAGAGAAUAUUGAAAUAAUUUUGAAACAA